GGAGGAGUGCGGCGCUGCUGUUUAAACACACAGGGAGCCAGGCAGGCAGCUAAAGAUGGUGAAUGUAAAGAAACGGAAAGGUCGGGUCGUGAUUGACUCCGACUCCGAGGAUAGUGCAAGCGACGAUAAUUUGGAUCAGGAGCUGCUGUCUCUGGCAAAGAGAAAGCGUGUGGAUUCUGAUGAACAGGAAGAACCUGUUAGUAAACCUGCCGCCUCCACUGACUCCGAGACAUCAGACAGUGAUGAUGAGUGGACUGUUGGAGGUACUAAAACCAAAAAGAAGGGAAAGCCAAGCAAAGGGCCGGAAAAAAAGAGCACAGUGAAGAUAAAAAAGGGCAAGGCGGCUUCAUCCGGCAGCUCAAAUGGAGAUGGUUCAGCAGAGAGUUCAGCUCCAGAGGAGGGUGAGGUGUCAGACUCCGAAAGUAACAGCUCGUCCUCCAGCUCGGAUUCUGACUCCUCAUCAGAAGACGAGGUUUUCAGGGAUGGAUACGGUGAUGAUCUGAUGGGGGACGAAGAGGACCGAGCCCGUUUGGAGCAGAUGACAGAGAAAGAGAGAGAACAGGAGCUGUUCAAUCGAAUAGAGAAGAGAGAAGUUCUCAAGAGGAGGUUUGAAAUAAAGCAAAAAUUGAAGACUGCAAAGAAGAAAGAAAAGGAAGAGAAAAAAAAAAAGCAGCAGGAGGAGGAGCAGGAGAAGAGGAAACUGUCUCAGGUCCCAGACCCUCAGGUGGUGAUGUCACAUAACAAAGAGAGACGGAUCAAGAGAGACGAGAAGCUGGACAAAAAGUCACAGGCCAUGGAAGAGCUGAAAGCAGAAAGAGAGAAGAGGAAAAACAGAACUGCUGAGCUCCUAGCAAAAAGGCAGCCACUGAAAACCAGCGAGGUCUACUCGGAUGAUGAAGAGGAGGAGGAAGAUGAUGAUGACAAAUCUUCAGUAAAGAGUGACCGCAGCUCAGGAUCUUCAUCUUUUGAUGAUGAGGAGGAAAAAGAGGAGGCUCCACCCAAGUCCCAGCCGGUGACAUUACCAGAUGAGCUGAAUCGGAUCCGGCUGUCCCGGCACAAACUGGAGCGCUGGUGUCACAUGCCAUUCUUUGCUAAAACUGUAACUGGAUGUUUUGUUCGGAUUGGCAUUGGAAACAGCAGCAGCAAACCUGUUUAUCGGGUGGCUGAAAUCAUUGAUGUGGUGGAGACGGCAAAAAUUUAUCAGCUGGGGACUACACGGACAAAUAAAGGCCUUCAGCUCCGGCAUGGAAAUGACACACGAGUGUUCAGACUUGAGUUUGUGUCUAAUCAAGAGUUUACUGAAAGCGAGUUUAUGAAAUGGAAAGAGGCGAUGUUUUCAGCAGGAAUGCAGCUUCCUAAUCUGGAUGAGAUCACCAAAAAAGAGCAGUCCAUCAAGGAGGCAGUCAACUAUAAAUUCAACGACAAAGACAUUGAAGAUAUUGUCAAAGAGAAAGACAGAUUCCGAAAGGCACCACCAAAUUAUGCCAUGAAAAAAACGCAACUUCUCAAAGAGAAGGCCAUGGCCGAAGAGAGUGGUGAUGGCGAGAAGGUGAAACUACUGCAGGAUCAGUUGAAUGAGCUGGAGGAGAGAGCAGAAGCACUUGACCGACAGAGAACCAAAAAUAUCUCUGCCAUCAGCUAUAUCAACCAGAGGAAUCGGAGUUGGAACAUUGUGGAAUCUGAGAAGGCUCUGGUGGCAGAGGGACAGAACUCCAAGAACCAACAGAUGGAUCCAUUCACCAGACGGCAGUGUAAACCAACCAUGGUGUCCAAUGCAAGAGAUCCCUCAGUCCAUGCAGCUAUUCUGGCACAUCUUAACCAGAAAUACGGUUCAGGCUCAGGCCAAGAUAACAGCCAGCAGGCUAACAAACAGGGCCCGGGUAACCAGAAAGACAAAGAUGCUACCAAGCCAACCAGCGACCUCUCAGAAGACCUUUUUAAAGUUCACGACUUUGAUGUCAAAAUUGACCUACAGGUUCCUAAUGCUGAAGCAAAGUCUUUAGCGGUGAGUUCAAACUCAUUGCCUGUUAAAGAUGGAGCACCACGCCGAUCUCUCAACCUGGAAGACUACAAGAAGAGACGAGGACUCAUCUGAUCUCUGACUCCACCUGCGAUUUUGUUCUCCCCUGAAUGAUUGGCCACCUUUGCUGGGGGGUCUGGGUCUAAAGCUGUGGCCACCCCUUGUGUGUGUGAGUGUGUUCAGGAAGUGUGUGGAAGUAUGUGUGUGUUAUAUGUGUGAUACAGAGAAAGAAUAAGUGUGUGUGUGUGUGUGUUUGAGAGAUUUUGAGUACUUGUAUGAUCGUUUCACCUGUACGUGAGAAGAAAUAACCAGAAAUAUUGAUAAUUUUCAGGUGUUUUCCUGCAAAGAGUCGCAUUUUGAAAGAUGAAAAAGUCUACAUUAUUUACAGUGUGUGCAGACAUGAAAGCAGGAUUGUAUUACCUCCUCCCGAUUCUCCAUUUCAUACUGAUGUAUGUAGCACAUUCUCUCCCUCUCAGACCCUCACAGAAUUAACCUUUUUUUUUUUUUAUACAAGUUUGUGAAUAAAUAUCUCAAAGGACACUAUUAAAAAAAAAAGACAACACAAAUCUAGCUUUUUCUUUGGAAGUUGUUAUUAGUUUUGAAUAAUGUGGUUCGGUCUGCCCCACUUACUCAAAAAAAAAAUUUUUUAAACCAACGUUUAAUGGUUCCAAUGACAGCCCUACUAACUCUGCUUGCUGGCUAAGAGGCUGAGGGGAGGACCAAUCAGAGGGGAAUUGACAAUGACAUCACACUCCCUAAAGACUCUAUUUAAGACGGUGAUCAAAUAAACGUAUUUGCCAUGGACAAAAAAAAAAAAAAAUGGAGAAUUGAUGUUUUCUUCUCUUUCUUCCACAUCCCUCUGUCUCCAUCAGAGCUGAUGUAAGUGUUAUUGAUCAUAAUUAUUGAUGAUGUCUUUUAAGUCCGUUCUCGUAUCUAUGUGGCAUGCCUUGUAAAUAAGCGAUCUCGAGUGAGUGCGGCUGAAUAAAAGAGGAACCUUUUCAUA